AUGCUGCAGGUCUCAGGUGGAAGGAUGAAUAGCUCCAGCAACCGCAGUAGAGGCACCCGAGGCAGAACGGGAGGAACAGACCGCGGUGGCAUCCGAAAACGAGGCGCCACUCCCCGGGUAGAUCGAGAUGGAGACAUGGAUAUGGCUGCCUCUGGUUCAAGCGCUGGAAAGGGUCGGAUAAGAAGCUCUCGCGGAGUCGCUCCGGGAAGAUCAUCGAGAAGACCAGGAGAGAAAGAAAAGACGAUUGAUGCUCUCCAAAAGGCUAUAUUCAGCAGUUCUUCCUCCCAGGCCAAUAUCAGGCACGGCCGUGGAAUUACAGAUGGAGCCCUGAGGCGGAAUCUGACACAGAUAAAAGUGAGUGGUUGGAAGAAUAGCAAAGCGGCUUCGAAUCCCGACGGUGGCGUUGUCAGUCUUGUUGCAUUUUUGGAGAAGAAAUCUGCGCCCCCGGACCAGAACGCUACGGCCCCUGGACGAUUCAAGAUUACUAAGACAUUCUACGAAUGCUAUCGAGUUACUGCAAAGAAGAUCGGUUUCCAAGUUCGACCCGAACAGGUGGAUGGAUUUUUACGAUUGAAUGGAUUUUCCUUUGCCGGAGCCCCCCUCACGGUGGAGCUGCUUGAUAGCGUAGCUAUGGCAGACACCCCAUCACAGUCAAGCCAAGGGCCAUCUCAAGCUGCGAUCGAUACCAAGGCUAAGAUGACUGCUUUCCUCGCAAAGAGAUAUUCGGAGCCAGGAAAACUCCUUGAUCUAUCAAAAUUGGGUACGGAUCCCGAUCUGGUGGAGAUGGGCAUGUUUAACAGUGUGUCAACGGAAUCAAAAUUCUUCCCGGCCCUUAUGAAAGUGUGCGAGCUUACUUUCGACUCUGCUGCCAAAAGGAAGGCUGCAGUCGUGAGUGUCAGCUUGGCGCAUAAUCAACUACCAAACCUCACUGCUGUCACUUCUCUUGCACAAACCUUCCCCGAUAUCAGAAACCUCGAUUUGUCGCAUAACCAGUUCAAGGAUAUCUCGAGUCUAAGCAGCUGGAGAUGGAAAUUCCGCAGCCUCGACUUUCUAGAUCUUACUGGAAACCCAGUAUGCGCAGAACCAAAUUUCAAGGAAACCAUGAUAAAAUGGUAUCCUCAGCUCCGGACAUUGAACAAUGCAGCAGUUAGAACAGCUGAAGAAAUUGCGGCUCAAAAGAAGACCCCUAUCCCCGUCAUGGGCCCGAGCUUUCAGGACGAGGGCCAGAUUGCGGAAAAUUUUGUCAAAGCUUUCUUUACUGGAUUCGACAACAACCGAAACGAUCUUCUCAAUGGCAUAUAUGACGCAAAAUCCAUAUUUUCGUACAACGUCAACACUGUAGCCCCACGAGCGGCACAAACGGAAUCAACGCCUCCAUGGGAUUCGUACAUCCGGAAAAGCAGAAAUCUCGUGAAAAUCAGUCAUCUCCCUGCCCGCGUAUCACGUAGCUUUAUUGGUACUGACAGCAUCCGCGAAAUAUGGAAUACGUUCCCACAAACAAAACACCCGGAAAUUCUUUCCAACCCCAAAGAAUGGUUGAUAGAAUGCCACCCUAUUCCUGGCCUUCCUGAUAUCAACAAUCAAAGUGUGACUGGUGUUGGUGGCCUUUUGAUCACAGUCCAUGGAAAAUUUGAGGAGAUAUAUCCCAAUACCGGAAGCAAAUCCCAAACCCGCAGUUUUGACCGAACAUUUGUCCUUGGGCCUGGAAAUGGUCUAGGAGGACUCCGGGUUAGCAACGACAUGCUUUGCCUUCGAGUGUUUGGAGAUUGUACUGCCUGGAUUCCAGAGCAUGAACAAGCUGCAGCUGAGCCUGUAACCCAAGCACCUCCUGUAACCGUCAUACCCGCCCAGCCUGCGGCAGUUCCGCAAUUAGGAACUCAACAUCCAGAGGCAAAACCAGGCUACGGAACACCCCAGCCUGGGAAGUCGGAGGACGAGCUUAAAAAAGAACAGCUUAUACUGGAGAUAAGCUUUAAAACGAAGAUGACGUUGCAGUUUUCCGAAAUGGCUCUUAGUGGUAACAGCUGGGAUAUGAAUUUGGCGUUAAAGAACUUUGAAGAGCUCAAGGAAGAAACAAAAAGGAAAGAGGGAGAGAGAGAAAAAAAACCGUCAGCGUUUUACAGCCUUUUUUUAUUAGCAUCCAUAUACUAUAUUCAUCGUCGUUUUCCCCGGGAGAUCCUUUUCUCGCAACAUUUCCAGAGACUCAACUCUGGAGUUACCUUUGAAAUGAACGAAGAAAUUGGCGUAUCCUGCUUUAGGGAUUGCCAUUAUAUCUUUACCGCUAUGUCCUUGCUCGAAUAUAUAUCCUUCGAUAAAGGCUUGAUUGGCCUUGGAGUACAGGAAGGCUAUGCAGGCUAA